AUGGCUUCAUCUGCUGGACGAGAGAAACUUCGAAGCCGCGGUCAACGAGUUUUCGCUUUUGGAAGUAGUACUCCACGCGAUUUGUCUCACAUGAACAAGAUACCUCCGAAACUACGAAGCUACGAUGCGAAAUCAGUUGAGAAGCCAGUGGACACUCCGAGUUUACAUGACUAUAUUGUCAAAGCAAGAAGUCUUUCGAGAGAAGGUGGUGAUUCACGUAAUCAGUUUGUAUUCGGUUCUUCAACUCCUCGAACUCUUGCUCAUCUCGACAAAAUCCCUCAUAAACAACGAGUUUAUGAUGCAAAAAUACCAAAGAAAAGCGCGACCCACAGUGACUUCAAAGCUGCUCCAAUUAGAUUCAAUGCUCCUCCCGCUCCAAUCACUAAACCAGUGAAGAAAGAGGAGAAUCGUCAUGUUAUCACUUCGAAAGACGAUGAUAUUGCUUCUGAGCCAGAUUUCGUUCAGGAUAGAGAAGAGUUUUUGAAUGAAAUGAAAAAGGUUAAACAAGAAUUGGAAAAGAAAAAAUCUCUUGGCAAAAGUGAUUCGAAUAAUCCAAUUGAAGUUCAAUCUCCAAAAUCGGCAGAGACAAGUCAAGAGCAUGUUAAGUUUGCUCAUGCUCCCGAAAUUGCUGGAAAUGCUCAGAAUGCAGUGAGAAUUCAUGCGGAGACUCAAGAAGAACCUGCUGUCGCAGUCAAGAAUUUAUCUGCAAAUAAAAUGAAUGAUCAGAUUGAAGUCAGUCAAUUAAUGAAUGAGAUAACUCCUGAAAGUGUACCGGCAGUAGAGAGUACAGAGACUCAGAAGAAUGUAAACGUGGUCGGAGACUUGCUGGCAAAAGUGCAGAAGGUGGCAGAAGAAAGUGUUGAUAAGACUAUCAAAAAAACAGAGGAUGACGUGGCGAGAACACUGAAAGAAGUGAAAUCAACAUUAGAUGAAAAGAAGAAAGAUGCGGAAAAUAACAUUGCGGAAAAAGUGGAUGGUAUCACUAAAUCUUUGGAGAAAACAGCCAAGAGUCUGGAUGAAACGAAGGAAAAACUUGGAGGAAAAAUUGAAAAUACGAUUUCUGAAAUCAAGGAAAAAAUGGAAGACGUUGCUGAUAAAAGUGAAAAAGUUGCAUCGGAUCUGAUGAAGUCCGGAGAAAAAAUGAUAGGAGACGCAGUUUUGGAAGUGAAGAAAACACUGGGAGAUUCCGAGCAGAAGAUUGAUUCGACAUUCUCCAAAAUUGGAUCAGUAGCUGAGAAUACGGUGGAUGACGUCAAGAAUGGAUUGAAUCUUCGUAAUUUCUGA